ACGAGACUCAAAAGGAGGUAAAGACAAGAGGGCCAGGGGAGGGACAAAGACAGCUUUUCUUGAAGACCCUUUUUCUCCCUUCUCCGUCUCUCCUUACAUAUAUACGCCAUGAAAUCAUGAAUGCAAACCGUGUUUCUUCAGACCCAUUCCAGUCUUCUCCACUCACUCUUUCCUAAUUCCUUUCGAAGUUUGAAACCCAGAUACUCGAAUUGAGAGGACUCUCGAGUUUUUGACUCAAAGGCUUAGGCUUGAUUAUUGACCUAUUUAACAGCAACUCACCUCUCGAGAGAAGAAAGCAACAAAAAACCUUCGCUUCUUUUAGCGGUUGUUGGUCUCAUUGAAAUCAUAUUUUUGUUGUUUUUCCUUACUCUUGUCAUUGAUUUUAGCUCUGCACUAUCAUUAAUCAAAAAAUCCCAUCGAGGUUCAACUGGGUUUUAAAUUUCUUUCUGCCUGGUUGAAGCUUGAAUUGGAGAGCUAGAUUUUCCAUGGGUGAAGUUCAAGAAAUCUUUUCGGAUGAUGUGAAGGAAGUUUUCGCAGUUGGGCUUGAUUCAGAAGCCAGAGGCUACCAGACAGCAACUAUCUUGGGUGAAAAGAUUUUUGUCAUUGGUGGAUCUUCUGAUGGUUCAACUUUGUCAAUUGACGUCAAGGUUUUCCACAAAUCAACAGGGAAAUGGAGUGUUCCUAAGGUGUUAGGUACAAAACCCACCCCAUGUAAGGGUCAUUCGGCUGUGCUUCUGAACAAGGAAAGAAUCUUGAUUCUCAAGAGGGACUCUACCCCAGAAGAUUGUGCUUGGUUUCUUGAGGUGGACACACCAUUUAUUAGAGAGCAGAAGAAGAUCUUGAAUGUGGAUGUGGUUGCUUGGAGUAAAGGGGUUAGAGGUUAUAGUCCUAAGCCAAUAGUUAUCAGUGGUCCCUCUGGAGUUGGUAAGGGAACAUUAAUAAACAAGCUCAUGAAGGAAUUCCCAUCCAUGUUUGGGUUCUCUGUGAGCCACACAACCAGAGCUCCAAGGGACAAGGAGAAGGAUGGAGUCCAUUAUCACUUCACGGAAAGGAGCAUAAUGGAGAAGGAAAUACGUGAUGGCAAGUUCUUAGAAUCUGCAUCUGUUCAUGGAAACCUGUAUGGAACCAGCAUUGAAGCUGUUGAGGUUGUAGCUGACGCAGGAAAGAGGUGCAUACUCGACAUAGAUGUUCAAGGUGCCAGGUCCGUAAGGGUCAGUUCUCUUGAUGCAGUUUUCAUCUUCAUUUGUCCACCUUCAUUUGAGGAGCUUGAGAAGCGACUUCGUGCUCGGGGCACUGAAACAGAGGAACAGGUCCAAAAGCGGCUCUGCAAUGCAAGAUUAGAGCUUGAGCUAGGAAGAUCUUCAGGACUUUUUGAUCAUAUUUUGGUAAACGAUGACUUGGAAACAUGCUACCAGAGCCUUAAGAAACUGUUGGGCCUAGAUGUGAGCAUGGAGGCCACCCAACAACAAUCUCAAAAGAUGGUUGAUGCUCCUUUGGGAGAUUCAGAAUCAGAAAUGGAUCAGAAAGUCUUGAUACAAUGCAGAGCUUCUGAACUAGGAAAGACAUCGAAGAACUGGUUUGUGCUUGACGUUUCUUCCAUCAAAGGAGGGGCCCCAGGCCGGACAAGAGGAAUAAACAUGUAUGCAAUCGACCCAUUUGCAGAUGGUCAAUAUGGGAUUAAAACAUCUUCAUGAUAUUGAGCGGAUUGACAUUGAACUAGUUAGUACUAACGGUGGCCUCUCGGCUUUCGGUUUUGGAUUAUUAACACAAGGAGUGAGGAUUGGUGAUAUAUCUCUUAUUGCAGUGCAAUAAACCAGAAAAAAAUCCCAAAUUAAUUCACAUGCUGUUCUAUUUCCCCCCACAUUUUUUAUUGUUUAUUGCUGAGAUAAGAAACUAGCUCUUGGCCUCUAUUACUGUAGUAGAGUUAGGCUGACAGAGAAAUUUGCUUUUCUUUUUCCUAGUAUGGAGAUUGUGGCUGAUGGUCCAUGGGCUACGUAGUACAUACAUAUGUAUCCUGCUUUCUAGAUAUUUCCUCGAUCCUUGCUAAAAGAGGAGAAUAAAAUAUGAAUGCAACAGUGAUACUAAUUAACUAUA